AAUACCUGAAUAUGAUAACAAGUAAAUUUUAAAUAUUACCUAUCAUAAUUCAGUUUUUCAAUUUUUACAAUUUCUUUAGUGUUAUUUAAAAUAUACAACUUAACCAAUACGCGUAAAAUAAAACAGGACUCGCUCAAACGUGCCCACAUUAAGCGGUUAUUUUUAAUUAUUCAUAAAUUUAUUCUUUUAAAAUAACUAAUUUUGUUAAAAUAUUUCUUACGUAUAAAUUUCUCUUGUUGUAUUUAACAUUCCCUGUUCUGAAUGAUUUUUGACGUAUCGAUAUCUUAACUAGCGUUAACUAUACCCUUAACUAUAUCCUGGACGUAAAGUAAAUACUAUUUAUGUUAUACAUUGGAUGGCACAAACAAGACGAGUUCCAGUCUUUGGUUCACUGCCACCUUGUGCAUACCAAUCUCGACUGGAUGAACGUAAUUUAAUACGUACGACUAGAAUGGAACGGAACAGAAUAUCAGAUAAACCAGAAGACCUUGUUUUCUAUGAAGACUCAGACUCAGAAGAAGAGAGUACAGUGCCAUUGUUUACUGUGUUAAACUCUUCAUAUAACAUUGUAGAUUAUGUAAGAAAUCGAGAAUAUGGAAUGCGAGAGUAUCGUUCAGUAAACCAAAAUUAUGGUACAAGGCAUUUACUCACACAUAACUUAGUCAAAGAACGGUCUAUAUCGUUAAAAACCAUGGAUAAAGUGUUUUGUUCACAAUGGCUUAACGGUACAAAAAUUGUUUUUGGUACAAAAUGUAAUAAAUUAAUGGUUUAUGAUGUAAAAUCACACGAACUGGAUCAAAUACCAUCGAUAAAAGGACAUGCAGCUGAUCAACAAAGUGGUAUACAUUCAUUAAAAAUUAAUCCAUCCAGAACAUUAUUGGCUACAGGAGCAUAUAACUCUAAUGAAAUAGCUGUAUAUAGAUUGCCAACAUUAGAUCCAGUUGCUUUAGGCGAGGGUGCUCAUGCAGAUAGGAUAUUCGACAUUGAAUGGUUGGAUGAUGAGUUUUUUGUUAGUGGAUCACGAGAUACCAAACUUGCAUUAUGGCAAGUUCAAGAUAAAUAUCAAGAAAAGUAUGAUUCUGACGGUGACCUUAGACAACCAAUUACUCAAUUUCUAAACCCUGCAGUUAUAAGAACAUGCAAAACAGCACUAAAAGUUCGAGCAAUCACAUUUAAUAAAAAUCUAAAAGAAAUGAUUACAUCGUCACUAAAUGGAUAUGUUCAUGUUUGGGAUGUUGAACGUUUUAGACAAAAGUUUUCAAUAAGAUUGCCAUCUUGUCAGGACAAUGUUUGCAUUGCAAUGAAAAAUGAUAGUAGUUUAUAUGCUGUUGGAUGUCAUACAUAUACACUAUUACUUGAUUCAAAAACUCUGCAUAUUAUGAAAAAAAUCCCUGCUAGAUAUAGUGGAUGUGGAAUUAGGUCUUUAAGUUUCCAAGAUAAUGUAAUUACAAUUGGAACAGGCGUUGGUGUUAUAAUGUUCUAUGAUAUACGGGCAGGAAAGUACUUAGAAUCCAGUAUUAAUUCCACUAAAUCAGUUGUUUUAAAUACAAGCAAAGGUUAUGUUUGCCCUGAUGAAGAUUUAAUGGAGGAACAAGGAUUUCAACAAGCCAAAUAUACACCAGCAAUUUAUACACAUUGCUAUGAUUAUUCAGGAACAAGAUUAUUUUCUGCAGGUGGACCGUUAUCAACCAAUUUAUGUGGCAAUUAUGCAGGUUUAUGGCAAUAAUAUUAUUUCAAUUUACUGUUUAAACAUUAUUUAAAGUAUUCUUAUACUGUAUACUCUGUUUUUACCUUCAAUUAAUAAAAUAUCAGUAUUUUCUGAGUGGCA